AUGAUCGGAUUAGGAUGGAUAAGGUCUACAGUGGAUAAUUAUUAUCCUAACAAACCUAUUAAAUUCAUUUCUAGACUGAAAAAUCAAGAUCAAACAGCGAAUACAUCCACCUUACCAGAAAUUUUACAAUCAGCGGUACCAGAAUUAUAUCAAGAUAACUACUUUUACAUUAAUCCAUUAUUAUCAACUGGUCAUUUUCAAACUGCAUAUACUGCCAUCAAUAAUUUUGAGCAUAUAGAUCAUGUCCAUUAUAAGCGUCGAAUCUUGCCCAUUGAAAAUAAAACUUACAGAGUUGAAGAAGAUGAUAUCAAAUAUGAUCGUUGGGAAGGAAGUUCAACUGUUGCCCUUGAUUAUGUUGUUCCAGAGUCAUUAACAGAUCCUGAUCAUUUGAAUUUCAGACCUUCAUCACAAACCCAUGAUUUACCUCCCAGAACAGAAUAUCUUGAUCCAGCAAAAGAAUUGGAUUUGAUUAAGGAUGAUUCGAAACCAUUAUUAAUUGCUCUUCAUGGAUUAUCAGGGGGAUCCUACGAAGCUUACAUCAGAGCAGUAUUAUAUAAGAUCACUUCUGCUCCAUAUGACUUUGAUGCUGUUGUGUUGAAUUCUCGAGGCUGUGCUAAUCAUACUAUUACAUCCCCUCAAUUAUAUAAUGGUUUAUGGACAAAUGAUUUAAGAUAUCUUAUAAACGAGCAUAUAAAACCAAAAUUCCCAAAUAAGAGAAUCUAUUUAAUUGGAUUUUCAUUAGGAGGAGCUAUUUUAGCUAACUACUUAGGCCAAGAAGGUUCAAAUGUUUAUCCUAUGAUCAAAGGUAGUUGUAUAGUUGGUACCCCAUGGGAUUUCCCUGAUAGUGCUAUACACUUGAGAGAAAGUUUAAUCGGUCAUAAUGUUUAUUCACCUACCAUGUGUCAGAAUUUAUUAAAGUUAUUGAAUACUCAUUAUGAAAAUGAAGGAUUCUUAAAACAUGAUAAAUUCAUUAAUGAUUAUAAGAUGGAUCCAAGUAAGUUCAAAGCUGUUAAAUACUUGAAAGAUUUUGAUGAUUUAUUUACUUCAAAAUUAUUUGGAUUUAACAGUGCUGAUGAAUAUUAUCGUCAUGCUUCUCCUGUACAACGAUUAUUAAAAGUUAGAGUCCCAACUGUUAUUUUAUCCUCAAAGGAUGAUCCAAUCACAGGAUUCAGAACUUUACCCAUCAAUGAAGUUAAAUUAAAUCCUUAUACCACCUUAGUCACAACUACUACUGGUGGUCAUCUUGGUUGGUUUACUGUAUCUGGUAAAAGAUGGUAUCCGGAACCGAUUGCGAAAUUGUUACUGGAAUUAGAUCAAAACUGGCAAGUUGGAGAAGUUGAAGAUGAAUUAGAUUUACCUGUUGAUAUAGAUAAGUCUUGGAAACAUGAUAGAUUGGUCUAUGGCAUGUUGUAA